AUGAUUUACGAAACAACCAUAUUUCCUGGUGCUGGUAUCGGAAACAAUAUCAAGCUAGGCUUCACUUUGUAUGAAGUGAUCAUUGAGCUUAACAAACACGACUAUAAAUAUCAAGUCAUUUACUCCGAAAAAAACUACUACGAAUCACCCAUCCUUGUCCAGAUUAUUGAUUUGGACUUAAGAUUAACUUUUCAGAAUAAAAAAGAUCAAACAUUAAACUUGAUUGAGGUUCUACACUUGGGUGGGAGUAACACUGAAAAGCCCUUGCGGCUACUAUACAAAGGACAAAGUUUGAACGAAUUUGAGCUGGUUGUUCGAUCGUCAAACGACAGUGGUAGUUUUGAGCAUUCAAACUCGCUGUCCUCAUUAACCACGCUGAAUUCAAAUAGCUCCAGUGCUGAAAAUGGAACAAGACUUGUUUCAUCUGGGCCUUCAUUUCAAUUGAUUUACAACAAGAUCCUAGGACCGACGUAUCCGGGCGUGCUCAAUAAAAACACCAAGUCAUAUAUCCUUUCGUAUCCUGGGAUUGCGUUUAAGUACAAGAUCAACAAUGAAGAGUUGUACACUAAAUUGGUUGAACAGUCAAAUGAGUCAGUGUUGGACACUUUGAUCAACUGGGACCAUGCACUGGAUAUAGUGUGUGAUUCGAUUGCAAUUUUUAAGGGAAAGACUUGGAGUGAGUAUAAAGCUAAUAGCCAAAUGGUUCAAGGCUCUACUUUUAAAGUUGACUUGGACAAUGGGGUUAUUGUUGUCAAUGGCAAAAGACUGAUUAAAAUUGGCAAAUCAACACAGCAAGAUGUCAUUGAUAUCAUUGGCCCUCCCGAUGACAGAUUCAGUAAGUAUGACUCACGUUUACUCAUACACAACUACCUCAGUGGAGACAGUGUAGAAGAGGCAAAGAAGAAGGACUUUCGAAAUUGCAAGUUCCACAACUAUUACAAACUUGGUUUGGAUAUUUUGUACGACUUGAAAACCCCCGCUUUGGCGUCGGAGAAUACAUUAAACAGUGUUGUCAAUAAAGUAAUACUCCACAAUGGUGGUAUCGUUGAGGACCUUAGUUUUAUGAAAUGGAAUAGAUGUAAUUGGACAAUAGAGUCCAGUCAAUUUGACCCUAUUGAUUCAACAAUGUACUUUGCCGAUCUACCUCCAGGGUUUAAAGAUUUGACACCCGUUUUUUUGAACAGGUAUGAGUCGGAGUUCAUUGACAAUGAUUUGGAUAUCAUAGAUUUACCAAGCAUAGAUGUAAAGAAGGGUUCAGUGAAAAGUGCCAAAUUGAAGAGAUGGGGACAGUCUAAACUAUAUGGGUUGCAAAAGUGUAUUGUUGAGGUACUCAACUCUAAUGGUUGCAUCAGUAGCGUGACCAUAUAUUAA